AUGUUUUACUCUCACCAGCUUCUUGCUCGGAAGGCUCCUCUUGGCCAAAUAUGGAUGGCUGCGACUAUGCACGCAAAGAUAAACCGAAGAAAGCUGGACAAGCUCAACAUCAUUAAGAUCUGCGAAGAGAUUCUGAACCCAUCGGUUCCUAUGGCUCUUAGACUUUCCGGAAUUCUCAUGGGAGGAGUGGUGAUUGUCUAUGAGAGAAAAGUGAAGCUCCUUUAUGAGGACGUGACCCGUUUUCUGGUUGAGAUAAACGAAGCGUGGAAGGUAAAGACUGCCCCUGAUCCUACAUUGCUCCCCAAAGCAAAAUCCAAGGCCAAAAAAGAAGCUGUUACUCUGCCAGGGAUCGGUGAGACGAACGUGGCAGAUAUUGAACAGUCCCUUCAGUUUUCCAACACAGGCACCACAACGGGAUUCCAACAUAACGCCUAUUUUACCAUGCGACUUGAUAAUGUCGAUGAACCCUUCAUUAGUAAUGGAGCAAGAGGGGACCAGGAUCCAUCAGAAUUUCUCCAUCAAGCUGAGGUAGAGAAUAUUACCUUAUUUGAACGCUUUGAAACAUUCCAAGCUAAUGCGGAUCCAUACAAUCGCUUUGAGAGGUUUGAUAUUGAAGGAGAUGAGGAAACACAGGUGAAUGUAACUUCAGGAGAUCAGAUUCCAACCAUGCUUAUUCCCUCCCCUCCUCGUCAAGACGAGCCUACCAGAGCUUAUGCUAAUACUGGCGUUUUGAUGGAAGAGAGUAAUGCACCAUCUAGACCAAAAUCGGCCAUUACCUUAAGGAAUAAUAGUGCUGCUCUACCUUUCCAACCAGAGAGGAGGUUUACUGAUAUGUUUCAAGACCUUCAUCCUGGACACCAGGACAUUCAGCAACCUAAUGAAGCCAUGACACCUAGACAGGAACCUAGAAAGCGAGGACCAAAUAAAAGGAAAAGAGAACAACCAUCGGCUAUCGAAAUGGAUUAUGAGCAAACCAUUAUUCCUGUUCACAUAUAUCAACACUGGCUUCAAAAUGCCUCUGAUAUUGUAUCGCGAAGAGGAAGAAAGAAAAAGAAAACUAAUGUCCUGACUUCAACAAAGAUAGCCAACCUCAUGAAGCUGCCUCCCGUUGCGCUAAUUGGUGGUUUAUUUACUGCUGAAAAUAACCAUAUAUAUUAUCCAGCACCUAUUCUUGACUUAUGGAUCAAGAGCAUUCAACCACCCCACGAUUCACCUUCAGGUCAGCAUAGAGUCUCUCUCUACGGUGUCCGGGGAGGGGGGCGGUUUAAAAUGAAAGGAUUUCAGCCCACCAUCCUCCAGAACCAUCCUUUUCAUCGCCUCCAGGAGUACACAAUGGAGAUUUCAUGCAAUUUGUUACCUUCUGAAGAUUUUGAUCUAGAUUACCAGCCACCUCCAGUAGAGAAGCAGCGGAAAAAUAUCCUCAUGGAUGAACUGACGGCUAGCCUUUUGAGAGGGCAUGAAUCUACUCCGCAUGUCUCAUCGGUGAAAGCCGGAGACAGUGCAUAUUCCUUUCCAAGACCAACGUCUGAGCAUGGCCCUGCCUCACAUUCAGACUUUGAUUCGGGAAGAUUCAAAAAUAAAAGGUAUUCAUCAUCUGCAAACAGCAGUGGAGGCCUUGAGCCAUUAGUGGAGGAUGUAAAUUUCAAGUUAGCUAGGCUGUAUGAAGAAGGUCCCACACCUGAUCAAGGUAUAUUACUCAAGGCUUUUUCUAAUAUUGGAAGAGGACUAGCUGUAAUGAUGAAGGCACAUUUUGACACGCCUGGAGCUCCUUCCGUUGAAUCCCUUCGUAAUCUAGCUGCUGGAAUGACACGGACAUCAGCUGCACAACUUUUCUAUCAAAUUUGUGUUCUUGCUUCCCGCGAUGCGCUGAGAGUUGAGCAAAGCGUGCCCUAUGGAGAGAUUCUCUUCUCUAGAGGAUUAAAAAUGUGA